GCCGAGCCGAGCCGGGGCGGCGGGGAGCCGAGGACAAAGGCUGGGGUGACGCGUGAAAGCCGCAGGCGUUUCGGUGCUAGAGCCAGCGGCUGGAGUGGGGACAUCGGGGUGCCAGCCCCCAGGGCCCCCUUACACCGACUGACCCCAGACCCAGCGAUCCCACGGCCCCCACGGCCACCCAUGCAUCUCUGAUGCUGGCAGCCACCAGAGACCGGAGCUAGAGGCAGAGUGCAGGCAGGCAGAAAGCCUGGCACAGCGAGGCCACCGGUGAGUAGGGGCCAAGGGGAGAGGUGGCCUUGCCCAGGUGCCAGGGUUCAUGGCCACGGCUCUCCGGAGCGGCAGCCGGAUCUGCGGCGCAGGCCAUAAACCCUCCCUGUAUGCCGCGGGGAGGAGCGCUGCAACACAGGGCAAACGCGGCGCCGGCGGUAAGGUCACCUGUGCCGGGUGACGUGGGGCACCGGGAUGAGCCCUGCUUGGGGCUCCUCUGUAGGAAAACACUCAGCUGGGGCAAAACCCCCUUCCCGGGGAGCCCCAACCCACCCGGCACCCACCGGACGCAGCACCUUGGCUGGGAGCGGGGUUAUGCCCGGCUAUCAUGGGGCUGUUUAUUCACUGGCCUCAUUUCGUGGGUGCCAAGGCCAGUGCCGCGGAGAACAAAAAGCCAGCGGCUUAUUACCGUGCAAUUAAGGCGCACCCAUCCUCCGUGUGCUGGCGGGUGGCUGAUCACCCUCUGUCCCCACAGGGUGUGGAGCCAUGAAGCUGAACGAGCGAAGCCUGGCCUUUUAUGCCACCUGUGACUCCCCGGCCGACAACGCCGGCUUCCUCUACAAGCGUGGCGAGCGGCACACGGCAUACCAUCGCCGCUGGUUCGUGCUGAAGGGCAACAUGCUCUUUUACUUCGAGGAGCGGGAGAGCCGGGAGCCAGUGGGCGUCAUCGUGCUGGAGGGUUGCACCGUGGAGCUCUGCGAUUCAGCUGAGGAAUUCGCAUUCGCCAUCCGCUUCGGUGGCACCAAGUCUCGUACCUACGUGCUGGCGGCCGAGAGCCAGGCCGCCAUGGAGUCGUGGGUGAAGUCGCUCUCACGAGCCAGUUUCGACUACAUGCGCCUGGUGGUGCGGGAGCUGGAGAAGCAGCUGGAGGAGAUGCGCUGGGGGCCGGCCGGUGGGUGCAGGGGCUGCCGGGGUUCACCCAGCUCCUGGAAGCCAAAGCCCUCGGGGCCAGAGCCAUGGCCGGAGCGGCUGCCGGCUCUGCCCACUGUCAUGCCGAAGGAGAACGGUUGCGCAGUGUGGAACAACACGCCGGGAGCAGACCUGCUGCCCAACACCUCUGGCUGCGGCGGGCACGAUAGCGAGGGGAACCCGCGGCUGCCACCACUGCCGCCGCGCAGGCGGGCAUCAAGCAGCGAGGCAGGCGGCACCGGGGCGGCUGCAGCGGAGAGCCCAUCCACCUUCUGCCGGCUCCACGAGCGGUAUGGCCAGGAGGUGGCCCAGCUGCGGCAGGACUGGCUGGAGAGGCGGCGUGGCCCCCGGCCCUGAGAGGCAGCCGAACCCUGGGGACCCUCCAGGACCUGUGGCCAGGAGGAGGUGAUCAUCCUUGGUGCUGCCUCGGUCCCCUCCUCACCCCGGGAUGUGGAGCCCUCUCUGUGACGGUGAUGGACACCUGCUGAUGGUGCCACCAAGGGCCCAACAUGGAGGGACAGCAGUGCUGCUCCGUGACGGCGAAAUGCCAGCCUGGCACCGAUGGCAGCUGGGCUCAGCGUGCCGCCAGCCAAGCGUGAAACCUGCGGGCUUUUGGGGCUGCCAGGCUCUCGGGCAUCUUGUGCCAGGCAGCGGGUGCACCCCACUGGCCAUGCCCGGGUGUGGGUGCAGGGUGGUCCACCCAGUGCAAGCAAGCUACGAACCACUUGCUGGCUGAUGCCUCCUGGGAAUCAACCACUGCUCUGGGUCUGGUGGGGCCUCUUGUUGCUCUUGCAGUGGGAUCAUGCACCGAUAAUGCUUUUGGAGGAGGAUUUUGAUGGGAUCUCACACCCCACCCCAAGCCCCCGCGUGAGUGUUUCACAGCUGGGGAGCCUGCACCGCCUUCCUCUCCCUGCUUGGCACAAGUGACUGGCUGAGGUCGGCUGAGCUCUGCCAGAUCCCUCUGCUCCAGCAGGAUGUGGUUUGAAAAUGAAAAUAUCAGUGAGUGCAGCCCUUCCUUAAUGGCAGCAGCACCAUGCACCCCGGCUGCCUGGGGAGCUGGUGACAUCCAGCCCUGGACAUUUUGCAUGGGACAAUCGCUGCUUGCAGCCCGGCUGGUGAAUGCGUGGAGCGGGGGCAGACCCGAGGGGAACGCAGCAGCUGCGGGCAUCGCCUUGCUGGGUAGAUAUUUUGGGGCAGGGCAUCAUCCCCAGGCCAGCUUGCUAAGGGGAAGCAUCACUUGUGGUGGCAAACAGGAAUGUAUGUGUCAGCAACGGAGGGUGUCGAAUGAUUCAUGUGCUGAACCAGAGUGAAGCCGGUGUGUCAUGCCGGUGUUGCUCUUUUAUUUCCCCAACGGUUUAUAUUGACACUAAAGCUGUUGGCCAGAGGUGGGGAGGAACAGUCAGGGUGCCCUGGGUUUGGGCUGGGUGGCUCCAGCUCCCUUUGCCCCCUUGGGACGGGCACAAGAUUUUGCUACAAUAAAAGUUGUUUCAGAAA